AUGAUUGUACGCAUUCGAUCUAAAGAGGGAACGAGUCGCUUUGAGGUAGAUCCAAAUGACAUUAUAACGUUAGCAGAAAAAAUUGCAAUCCAACUCAAUUUUGAUCCGUCCACACUUAAAAUAUCAAAAGACCCGCAAAAUAGUGUACAAGCGAAAUAUUUUUCCAGACAAAGCAUAGCAUUACUCAACGGAGUGAAACCAGGCACUUCAGCAGUUUUCGCUGCAUUGAAUGUAAAGCAAGAAGCUCUGGAUGUUUAUCUAGAGAAACAAUCUGGAGGCUUUAUUAAACGAAGACUGCAAAAAGAGUAUGUAGAGGAACCAGAUUACUGUGUCAAACAGCGUUGCUUGAAUGGUCAUGCUCAUUGGCCGGAAGGUAUUUGUACAAACUAUCAACCGAGUGCAGUGACAUUACAACAACUCUCUACUGGAUAUCAACGGUUUGGAUAUUAUAUGGACGGU